GGUUAGUACCCAAAAAUGCCAGCUGGGUGCUCCCCUGAGCAGCAGGAGCCACCUUGUUUUUCCGGUUCUCCCAGGAAGUGGGUGCAGGGCGGUGCCGAGCUGGGCCGCAGGGCAGCACCCCACACAGCCCAGUCCUGCGUGGGGCUGCACUCCGUGCUUGGAUUUGGUAUCCUGAAAGCCAAGGAUUCCCUUCCUCCUGUAGCCAGGAUGCUGCAUCGCACCAUUCACCUUUUCCGGAAGGAGCUCCGGCUGCACGACAACCCAGUGCUGCUGGCUGCCCUGGAGUCCUCAGAGGCCCUGUACCCCGUGUACAUCCUGGACAGAGCAUUUCUGACCUCCUCUAUGAACAUCGGGGCCCUGCGCUGGCACUUCCUUCUCCAGUCUCUUGAGGAUCUCCACAAAAACUUGGGCCAGCUGGGCUCCUGCUUGCUGGUUAUUCAAGGGGAGUAUGAGACUGUUCUUAGGGAUCACAUCCAGAAGUGGAAUAUCACACAAGUGACGCUGGAUGCAGAGAUGGAGCCGUUUUACAAGGAGAUGGAGGCCAACAUCCAGCGCCUGGGGGCAGAGCUGGGCUUUGAGGUGCUCUCCCUGGUGGGCCACAGCCUGUACGAUACCCAGCGGAUUUUGGACCUAAACGGUGGGAGUCCCCCAUUAACUUACAAGAGGUUCCUUCACAUUCUGUCUCUUCUUGGCGACCCUGAAGUGCCUGUCCGAAACCUCACAGCUGAAGACUUCCAGAGAUGCAGGGCCCCUGACCCGGGCCUGGCUGAAUGUUACAGGGUCCCUCUUCCUGUGGAUUUGAAUAUUUCCUCAGAGAGCCUUUCCCCUUGGAGAGGAGGGGAGACCGAGGGGCUGCAGCGCCUGGAGCAACACUUAACCGACCAGGGCUGGGUGACAAGUUUUAGUAAACCAAGGACAAUCCCAAACUCACUGCUUCCAAGCACCACAGGCCUGAGCCCAUAUUUCAGUAUGGGCUGUCUGUCAGUUCGGACAUUUUUUUAUAGGUUGUCAAACAUUUAUGCUCAGGCAAAGCACCACUCUCUGCCACCAGUGUCGCUCCAAGGGCAGCUGUUGUGGAGGGAAUUCUUCUAUACUGUAGCAUCAGCAACCCCCAACUUCACCCAGAUGGCUGGGAACCCCAUCUGCCUCCAGAUCUGCUGGUACAAGGACGCAGAGAGGCUCCACAAAUGGAAAACGGCACAGACAGGGUUCCCAUGGAUCGAUGCCAUUAUGACCCAGCUGCGCCAGGAAGGCUGGAUCCAUCACCUGGCUCGGCAUGCUGUCGCCUGCUUCCUGACACGGGGGCACCUUUGGAUCAGCUGGGAAGAGGGAAUGAAGGUGUUUGAAGAGCUGCUUUUAGAUGCUGAUUACAGCAUCAAUGCUGGGAACUGGAUGUGGCUGUCAGCCAGUGCCUUCUUCCACCAGUACACACGGAUCUUCUGCCCUGUCCACUUCGGGAAGCGCACAGACCCCCAGGGCGACUACAUCAGGAAAUACUUGCCUAUACUAAAGAACUUUCCCUCCAAGUACAUCUAUGAGCCCUGGACAGCAUCUGAAGAAGAGCAGAAGCAAGCUGGAUGUAUCAUAGGUCAGGAUUACCCCUUCCCCAUGGUGAACCACAAGGAAGCCAGUGACCACAACCUGCAGUUGAUGAAACAGGUCAGAGAGGAGCAGCACAGAACAGCCCAGCUCACAAGAGAUGAUGCCGAUGACCCCAUGGAAAUAAAGGUAAAACGUGAGCAUUCCGAAGAAAACAUUUCAAAAAGAAAAGUGGCCCGAAUGACAGAAUAAACCAAAAUUCCCUCAGGGGUCACCUGCUGUGUACCAAAAAAAGGCAAGAGGGAAGAGCCAGGGGCCAGCUGAGCUGGCCAAAGUACUGUCCUCCAUACUUUGCCCUGCUAAUGGUGCUUCUUGCUUGUGACCUGACCUCAGGAGAUGUGUUCCAUCUUGAGUAGUUUUAGUGCAGUUAUUUUGGAUGAAAUUGUUUAUCUUUGAGUGGCUUCUGGACCUUGUGCUGAAGCUGUUGGAUGAAUGCAAGAGGUGCCUAGUUGUGGCAGGUCCUGCUGCUGCAGCAUCCUUCAAAUCCAUGUGUUUCAUGCACCUGUAUAAAUAGGUUUUGUGACAAAUACUUAUCUUAAUGUCAGAAGACCAUAUGCACAUUAAUGUGGUUCCACAUUAGUAUUAGGACCUUGAUUUGCUUGCCCUGUAGAGACAGAGACUUAGGUGUUACUAUGAGUUUUCUUAGUUUUCUGAGUGUUCAUAUUAAAGCAGAAGUUUUCACUUCUCA